AUGGAGAAGGGUCUCAACCACUGGGUCGACAUUCUCAUUGUCGUUGUCUACUUUGUCAUCGAUAUCGGCGUUGGACUGUGGUCCAUUCGGAGACCGAAUAGAGGCAAUGUUAAGAGUUACUUCCUUGCCGGGAGGUCUAUGCCUUGGUUUGCCGUCGGCGCCUCAUUGUUCUCCAGCAACAUCGGCAGUGAACAUUUUGUUGGUUUGGCGGGAGCCGGGGCAUCCUCGGGUAUAGCCAUGGUCUUAUAUGAGUGGUUCGUUGUAUUUCUGAUCCUUUUAUGUAGCUGGCUAUUCCUUCCUGUCUACAUAUCGGCUGGGGUGUACACCCUUCCGGAGUAUAUAGAGAGACGUCAUGGUGGCAGGAAGUUAAGGACGUAUCUAUGUUGUAUGGCACUAGUGCUGAAUAUAAUCUCCAAACUAGCCGGAAGUAUAUUUGCUGGGUCCAUGUUUAUCCAGAUGACCCUCGGCUGGGAUAUAUACCUGUCAAUAAUCGUACUGCUGCUGAUUACGACAAUAUACACCAUUCUUGGUGGGUUAACUGCAGUAAUGUAUACAGAUACAUUCCAAACAGCUGUCAUGAUUCUCGGAUCUCUGUCAAUUUCAAUUAUUGCCUUUGGCAAAGUAGGCAGCUUAGACACUUUGAAAACGAAGUACAUGGAAGCCAUUCCAAAGAUCCGAAACAACGCUACGACUUGUGGAAUUCCAAAAGCGGAUGCCUUCCAGGUAUUUCUAGACCCCAUUGAUGGAGACUACCCAUGGCCUGCCCUUAUCAUACUGAGUUCAGUCGGCUGUAUGGGGUUUUGGUGCUGUGACCAGGUGAUAGUCCAGAGAUCGUUGGGAGCCAAGAACCUGUCGCACGCAAAAGGUGGAUCAAUCUUUGCUGGCUACCUCAAGACUCUUCCUCUAUUUCUCAUCGUCUUUCCUGGCAUGAUCAGCAGAGUCAUGUUUCCGGACGAAGUAGGAUGUGUGGACCCGGUUGAAUGUUCACGGAUAUGCGACAAUCCCCUUGGCUGUUCAAACAUUGCCUAUCCAAAACUUGUUCUGGGGCUUCUACCGCUUGGUCUUCGAGGCUUGUUGAUGGCAGUGAUGGUGUCGGCCAGUAUGAGUUCUCUGACAUCAAUCUUCAACAGCUCCAGCACUGUGUUUACUAUGGAUAUAUGGCGCAGGAUCAGAACACAGGCAUCUCAGCGAGAAUUACUUUUUGUUGGCAAACUAUUUGUGGCUUUGAUGUGUGGCAUCAGUAUACUUUGGAUUCCCUUGGUCAAAUCCUCUCAAGGUGGCAAACUUUUCCAGUAUAUGACUGCCGUUGAAGCCUAUCUAGGAGCUCCUAAUGGGAUACUUUUCUUACUGUCCGUGUUGUGGAAGGGAACUACAGAAAACGGGGCGUUCUAUGGCUUAAUGUUGGGACAUAUCUGUGGAAUUAUUCGUCUUGUAUUGGACUUCAUUUAUCCCCAGCCCGGUUGUGGUGAGGAGGAUACACGUCCUGUUGUUCUAACCGUUAACUACCUCUAUUUCGGGGUAAUCAUCCUCUUUAUAACAACAGUCGGUAUCGUAAUCAUCAGCAUCUUCACCAAAACAAGGACAGAAGAGGAGCUAAUUGGUGUCACUUGGUGGACGAAAUACAAAGCCACCAAAGAACCACAAGGCGAUGAUGGCGAACUCAGUGAAUCUCUGUCUACUAAGGAUGAGAGUACACCGGACCAACCUGGAGACGUGGACAACUUAGUCGAUCCUGCAUCGUCAUCAUGGUUUAAAAGAAUGUUAGCUACUGUGUGUGGGAGUUCAGAAGACAACGUCACGGAUAUCGAUAUAAAACAAAGAAGGAAAUUUGUCCAUCAGUCCAAGUGUGCUAACCAAACUUUAAACAUCAACGCUGUCAUACUUGUCAUGGUUAUCUGUUUCCUGUCGGGAUAUUUCAACUGA